AUGGAGCGAUUCUCCACCCUGCCAGCCGAGUUGCGCCAGCUGAUCUGGGAGUUUGCCAUUCCAGGGCGAGUCGUUGAGAUUGGAGAACCGUGCGACCCAGAUAUCUUACCAGAGGAAGACCUCAGACAAGCAUGGAUCCUUAACAGGAAGUAUCCAGUCACUGCUCAUGUCUGUUGGGAAUCCCGCCAAAUUGCUUUGGCCAAACUCAAGCUCCCCACAGGUGUUUCCGUCGCGCCGGAUUGCUUGACAGACGCUCGAUGGUGGUGGAAGUCUACCGAUAUUAUUCACGUCAAUGCGCCUGAGAUUGACACAGAUUCACAAAGACACAGACUGGAGGAUGACCUGCUCGACUUGAUAAAAGUUCCGAUUCUAUGCAAAAAGGUCUCUAUCAGUGCGGACGUCGUCCACCCUUUUUUGCGGUUCCGUCGUAGGCCGGAUAUCCCAAAGUCACUGGUGUGGGAAGUACUUUGCGCACUGAAUACAUGCAUUAUCUCCCUGCACACCGUCUGCAUCCGGGCUACCAACGAGCAAGCUCGGGAGCUGGGCCUCUUUGGCAACGGUGACGAGCCAGCACAGUUAAUCGACCCGUCUGACAAGGCAGCCAUCGAGCGAUUCAGACAGCUCUGGAUGAACACAGAACAAGAGGUAUCUUCGGUCAAGUUCUUCGACACAAUCGACACCAGAAGGUUCUCUUUUCGAGUCGACAGGUGGCUCGCGGAGAUGUCAGCGGACUACAUCGAUUUCAAAUGGACCAAUCCACCGUUCCCAACCCCAGGACCGCAGGCUAUAACUCAAGGACUUCGUCGGUACCCAUUCAAAAGACACGAACCCAACACCAAACAAUAUCUUGUUGAUAUGCCCACUCUGGAAUUGAGGAUCAUGUUUCGACUCUGCCCACCUGCGGUGGUCGAUCCGGUGAUUACAUAA